AUGCGGUGCACCAAGGAGGAGACGAUCUGGAUGGGUGUGGACCGGAUCAAGCUGCUCUUGGAGUACCGCAACCAGGCGCUGUUGGCCUUUGACAAUGCUGACCGGGCCCUUGACGGGCUCCCCAACCUGGUCUUCAUCGACGACGUCUUCCUCUGUGCCCAGGACAUCCUUGAGCUGCUCUGGAAACACCCCUCGCCACCCAAUGACGCCCGCUUGCAUUCGGUGGUCUUCUACGACUUGUGGGUCACCCGCUUGUUGACAGGCAAGACGCUGCGCCCUCGGCUGCAGAUCCUGACGGAGUACAAGGACGGCUACGCGGCAAUCUGCGGGGCCAAGGAGUCAAAGGUCUUCCAGGCCCGCUUCCACAACGUACUCCCCGUGCCCGUGUAUUUGUGCUGGAACGACAUCGUCGCCCUGGCCCCAGCGCCCUUCCGGGGCCCAAAGGGACUCACCUUCCGCGCCGCCGACCGCCUCACUAACGAGUGUCCGUCCUCCGAGUGCCAGCUCUUUGCAUAA